AUGUUGGUAGAAGAGGUCCCCAAACAAAACGAUAAAAACAGCCUGACUAUAUAUUUCCUGUCGCUGAUCAACCUACUGGCACGGCCUGCAGCAAAACACUAUGAUCCCAACGCUGCCGAGGAUGUAAACAGAAACACAAAGAACCGUCCAAAAGUGAACUAUAACUUGACGGAUCUUCUAAAUGCUCAAACACAGGCAAACUACAGCAACGGAACGAUUACCAGUGGUAACUUCAAGUCGCUGCAGCAGCUUCAACUCGAGAAACUCAUUGUGAAGAGGUUGGGAGAGCUUUCUAAGGAGACUCCAAACUCCAACUUCGAGAUUCCAAAAACUUUUGGAUACACAAGUAUACACACGGGGCCCUCGGGAGGAAAGAAGGUCCGCUUGGGUAAUACCCCCUCGACCAAGAAGAUUCUCGCAGCCAGGAGAAACUUGAACUCGUACUUUGAGGAAGAGAAGAACCUUAUAUCGAUCAACACGAUUCUCGGCGUGAAUUUCUCCUUUGCUGAACAGAACGAUGAGCUACUACAGGGAAGUUCGAAGAAAAGACAUCUGUUGUAUCUGCGGUAA